CCCAUGCCGUGGCCAUAGCCGAGGGGUGGGAACCGUUGCUCCGACACAGGUGCCUGGCAGGUAAGGACCGACACCGGCCUGGCCGUUCCCCGACAGCCCCCCGGCCACCACAGCGGAGGUGGAGCAGGUCGGGGCCUGCCGGCCGGCGAACCCCAGCCCCGCGGAGGGGCCACCGGAAGGGGAGUUUCCGGCUGGGCCCCGGGCGGGCUGGGGCCGGGUCUCCGGGCGGGCGCUGCUCCUCCCGCGGCCCUUCGCCGCCGCGCGGCCCCGGCCCGCCCCUCGCGGCAUCCCGGCUCGCGUCGCUCCGCGUUGGAUUGCUCGUGCCUGCCCGGAGCCGCCGGCUGCCCGUGUGUCGGCGCGGCCAGGCGAGCUCAGCCGAGCGCAGAGGCGGAUUUUGAGGAACAAUACCAGCUUGGGGAGCGCGGGACCGGCGCGGCCGCCCCGCCCGCCCGCCGCACCAUGUACGCCUUUGUGCGGUUCUUGGAGGACAACGUCUGCUACGCGCUGCCCGUCUCCUGCGUGCAGGACUUCAGCCCCACGUCCCAGCUCGACUUCGACAACCAGAAGGUCUACACGGUGUACCGCAACCCCGAGGAGGCGGAGGAGGACGACGAGAGCCCCGCAGAGUGGGGCGACCGCCUACUGCUCCACAAGGCCCAGAUCCUGGCGCUGGCAGAGGACAAAACUGACCUUGAGAACAGUGUGAUGCAGAAGAAAAUUAAAAUCCCCAAACUCUCUCUCAAUCACAUAGAAGAAGCUGGGGAGGUUACAGAUUAUGGGGAAGAAGAUGUGGAGCUUAGACACAGUAAGAGACAAGAUGGGAGGAAACAAAGUGAAGGUACACACAAAAGCAUUGAAGCAGUUGUUGCUCGCCUUGAAAAACAGAAUGGGAUGAGUCUCAGUAAUACUUCCAGCCCUGAGGAGGCUUUUAUGGAGUCUUCAGAAGGCAUGAACAAUAUGGACGAUGCUGUAGUUCCUCGGAUCCUGUAUGAAGAAUUGCUGAGGAGUUACCAACAGCAACAAGAAGAAAUGAGACACAUUCAGCAGGAGCUUGAGAGAACACGAAGACAGCUUGUGCAACAGGCAAAGAAGCUAAAGGAGUAUGGGGCACUCGUGUCAGAAAUGAAAGAGCUCAGAGACUUGAACAGGAGACUCCAGGAUGUACUGCUUCUAAGACUAGGUAGUGGACCUGCCAUUGAGCUUGAAAAAGUAAAACCAGAGCCAAUUGAGCCUGAACCUGAGGUACAGAAGACCUUCAGUGAGGAAGCAAAUACAUCAACGUACUAUCCCGCCCCUGUUCCAGUAAUGGACAAGUAUAUUCUCGAGAAUGGAAAGGUCCAUCUUGGCAGUGGAAUUUGGGUAGAUGAGGAGAAAUGGCACCAGCUGCAAGUAACACAAGGAGAUUCAAAGUAUACAAAAAAUCUAGCGGUUAUGAUUUGGGGAACAGAUGUUCUCAAGAACAGAAGUGUCACAGGAGUUGCAACCAAAAAAAAGAAAGAUGCCGUUCCCAAGCCACCUCUCUCACCUCACAAAUUAAGCAUUGUCAGAGAAUGUUUAUAUGAUAGAAUAGCACAAGAAACUGUGGAUGAAACUGAAAUUGCACAGAGACUCUCCAAAGUCAACAAGUACAUCUGUGAAAAAAUCAUGGAUAUCAAUAAGUCAUGUAAAAAUGAAGAAAGGAGGGAAAGUGCAAAGUACAAUUUGCAAUAAAUUUUGGAUUUUUAAUAAAGUCUUAGUGUUUUACUGAA